UCUGCAACAAGGCCAAAACGAGAUUUACGUGACCAACAAUACAUCUUGUGGCAAAUAUAUGUAACCCCGGCUCGAGAUCCAGAACCUCAUCAUCCUGAUCAACCUCUUCGUCUCUGAACUCGUUCUUAACUAUAAGCCCAUAUAAUGUCUCUGAUAGAAGAAGCACCAGGAUACCUUCAGGUCUACUCCGACGGUUCCGUAAAACGCUUUGCCCCUGAAAUCGCGCCGCCUUCUGUAAACUCAUCCUGUAAAUCCAAGGACGUGAUCAUCCACCCCUCGAAACCCGUCACCGCAAGGCUCUUCUUCCCUAAUUGUCCUUCCCCGUCCUACAAGCUUCCCGUCUUGGUUUACUUCCAUGGCGGCGGUUUCUGCAUCGGCUCCACCACGUGGCUCGGCUACCACCAAUUCCUAUCCGACUUCUCAGUCGCCUCUCAAUCCAUCGUUCUUUCCGUCGAUUACCGUUUGGCUCCGGGGCAUCGUCUUCCAACGGCCUACGAAGAUUGCUACGCCUCACUUGAAUGGCUUCAUGAUCAUGCCGGGUCUGAGCCCUGGCUUCAGCGAGCCAAUCUGUCGAGGGUGUUUCUCUCCGGUGAUAGCGCCGGUGGAAACAUCGCACACCACGUGGCCAUGAAGGCGAUGCAGAACAUUGCACGUGACUUGAAAAUCAAAGGGAUAUUACCGAUACAUCCUUAUUUUGGAAGCGAGAAGAGGACGGAAAGAGAGAAUGCAGAUGAAGCAAGAGGGGAAGUGAGAAUGAAUGACAUGUUCUGGAGGCUCAGUAUGCCAGAAGGCUCAGACAGAGACUACUAUGGGUGCAACUUUGAGAAAGCAGAGAUGUGUGGGAGUGAGUGGUCUAAAUUCCCUGCAAUUCAAGUUCACGUGGCUGAGAAUGAUUUUUUGAAGGAAAGGGGAGAGAUGUAUGCAGAGUUCAUGAAGAAGAAGGGGGCAAAGGAGGUGGAGCUCGUGGAGGCUAAAGAAGAGAAACACAUAUUCCAUGUGUUCCAUCCUCAGUCUGAAGCAACUCGCUUGCUUCAAACCCAGAUAACCCGCUUCUUGAACACGCAUUAAUUUAAAUCUCUAAGUUUCAAAUAUAUGUGCUUGACUAUAUAUCGUCAAGAAGUUGCUCCUAUAUAUACUGCUUUUUUGUUAAUGUCACGGUAACUUUAAUUCUAUUUGAUCAACUCGUUUGAUUGCGGGUUAACCUUUUUUUUUUUUUUUUUGGGCAUGAGCACCCUCGUCUACCGAAAACAGAUAGAUAAAUGUAUAUUGGAUACAUCACCUAAAUAAUACUUGGACUAAUUUAUUUAAAUGGGUGAAGGUAGAGUGAUUUAUUUAUUUAUGCAU